AUGGGCUUAUCUAAAAAUAUUAAGUUAUUUUUUUGUACUUUAGGCCUUUUCUAUUUGCUUUUUGGUUUACCCAUAUGGAAAUCCUUUAUUAAUAAAAGAAUAAUUUAUAAUGAUAUACCUGUCAACUAUCUUACAAAAUUAUACAAUGAGAGAAAAUCUCCUUCAGACCUGCACAUUGUCAUUCCUGUCUAUUUACGGUCAGAUGUUUAUAGAUUUCCUGAUAUUGAGGAUGCGGUACAAAUGCAAGUAAAUUACCUUUUAAAGUCAACUCUAAAUCCCACUAAACCAUCAUGGUCAUUACAAAUUAUUCAAUUAGAUGAGAAUGAAAAAUUUGAGAUUGAUGUCAAACAGAAUUAUGUUAUUACCUUAGUAUUGGAAUCAGAAAUAGGUAUAAUUCUAUCAGAAGAUUCAUUAGAGACAGUAAUAUUCUAUGGGAAUGAUGAAGUUGUAUCAAACGAUUUACCAUACUUUAUCGCUCAAACUAUCGUAGAGUUUGUCUUUAAAGUAGAGUAUAAUAGACUAUCUUCACAAUAUGAUUUUUCUUUUGCUUUGGAUAUAGAUGAAUUUAAAUACCAUAACGAAAUUCAAUUAUCCAUUUCAUUAUUAUCAGGGGAUGGUGUUCCAAUAUCUUGGGAAAUUUCUAAAGCAUUAGAAACUUGGUUUACCCCACUUCGUGAAUAUUUAUCUCCAUUAUUAAACUUUACAAUUGAUACAGAUGUUCGGUAUUAUUAUGAUGAUUUAGAUUUAACUUUAUUAGAAGAACUCAUUUCCUUGCAACAUUCUUCUAAUAAUCGCAAUUCAUCCUCUCUUGUUAAGUUAUCAGAAUUGUCGAAAGAAAUAGAUCUGUCACUUCAAGAUAAUAAAUUUGAUCAAAAAUCGUUACAAGCAACAAAUUCUCCAAUACAUUUAGCUAUUAUUUUUCCAAAUAACUUAACUGUUUCAGGAAAAGGUCUAACUUUUAUCUCUAAUUCAAAUAUGGAGAAAAUAAAUUCAUCAGAAUUAACUCUAUUAUCCAACAGCACUGAAUUGAUUGCAAAUGAUGCUCUUAUAGAUAUGCCAUGGGAUUUAAUUGAAAUUCCAAAUUGGGGUUUAGUUAUUGUUAAUAAGUAUCCGCUAGUUGCUAAUUCUUUAUUAACUGAGGAUUAUUUAUUACCAAUAAUAAAAUUAUUUUCGGAUACGAUUUUCAAUCAGCUAGAUUUUAACUAUUUUGUAACUGAAUAUGAUGGUAGUGAUGAUAUUGAUAAACCAAUUGGUGGUGGAUAUAUGCUUAACUAUUUUGCUACAGGCGCUUUGCUACGAAUUAUUACAACUUACAAUUUAAGGAGAAGUAUUGAGAAAUUGUACGAGGUCAUUAUUUUGAAUAAUAAAAGUACGCUUUUAUCUAGAAAUUUUAAAGAGCUUUCUCUUAAAAUAAAUGACUAUUUAAAUUUGAGGUUUGAAAUAUUAGACAUUUUAAAUGAUCCGUAUAGAGGUGACACUGAUAACUGGUCAUUAGCACUUUCGAAUAGUAAUAAGAUGAUUUCCAUUGUAGACACCUUAAAUCAAGAAAUUUCACUGGAAAUUUCCAACUCCAAUGAGAACUUAAUAGUUCAAUUAUACUACUACUUCAUUUUAAGCAUGCCAUUACUUACUUUAUUGUUAGCAUAUAGAUAUUGGAAUGUACCACAAGAAAGUAAUAGUCUAAAAGCUAAGAAGAUCGUUUCAACAGAACAAAAACACGUAACUACAGAUGCUAAAAAAAUUUAG